GCCAUCGAGUACAAGAUGGCUGCUGCCAGUAAUGCGCCGUCUGGGCCCGGGCCAUCUAGCGUGCAAGGCAUGCCAGGCCAAGGGCGCGGACCUAACAAUGGCGCAGACUGGCGAAAAAACAUCGCCUGCAGAUACUUCAUACAUGGACUCUGCAGAGCAGGGGAUAAUUGCAGAUAUGCCCAUGACAGGGCGGGAAAACCCUCCACACGCUGCAAGUUCUUCUUGUUGGGGACCUGCCGUUAUGGCAACCAAUGCAAGUUUGACCAUGAUGUUCCGGGUGCCCCUCCCCAGCCCAUGAGUAUUGCACCUCCUCCCAUGAUCCCCAUGGCCCAGAACAUCUCCUGGGGCCAGGCGCAGAUGCACCCGAUGUACCCCCAGGUCAUGACGUCCCCGUACUACGCCCAGCCACACAUGAUGCAGAUUGCACAGAGGUCAGAUAUGACCAUGAUGCCUGACGGGUCACAAGUCACCGAGGAGAGGAGAGGUUACUGACCCUGCCCUCUUGGGGAUGUAGGAAUGGUUUCUUACAACAGAUUGUUUGAUGCACACCCAUGUACCAUAGAGCAGGACUGAAGGCGCCCAUGUCUACAAAUGCUGGGAGUCUAUCCUUAAUAUUGUCAAACCCCCCACACUUGUGUUAGCUGGUCAUUCUCUUGUUAGACUAAUGAUUACAAAUGGAAUCUGUCUCCUUUUUAUAUCUGUGUGGAUUCACGUACCGUGUCAUAUUAUCUAUUCUAGCUUUUAGACAGCGACCCUUUUAAAAUAAUUUUAUACUCGGAGACUCAGCGACUGCUAUGAAACAUGAAAUCAUAUCAGUAAAAGGCGACCAAGGUAUUUUUGCAAAGAUACAAGAAAUACUGUGUUAUUUUAUCCCUUGAAUGUUAUAUCAGUUUAGGCAACGUUUAUGUCAAAUAAACGAAAGAGUAACCACCAAACCUUGAUAUUCAUGUUUCAUGGGAGUUCCUGAUUCUGUUUUCUGUCCUGUUCUUGAUACAUGCAUGAAAGCGUGCGCACUUCUGAUCAAGAGAUGUCUGGACGCUGUCGAUGCGCCGAUUCUGUGAUCAGCAUAGAAGAGCCUCCCCAAUCGCGGAGAGCUGCAAGGCGUCUGUCCACAACAUCUGAGGGUUACAAAUAACAGGCCAGCCCUCCAUGCGUUAUGUGAUAGACAAUGCGAUCUUCUGUUGUCAUAAUAACUUGUAUUGAUUUUGUUUUUUAAAAUGAUGUUUCCAUCUUAUUAGUUUAGCAAAACAACCAAUGGUUGUAUUGGAAGAGAUUUUUUAAGGUGUUUUUUCCCCCCAAGGAGUUUUUCAUGGCUCAUUGGGACAUCAUGUCAUGAAUGUGUUUUGCGUUUAAAUACCAAACUUUCUUGUGUGGAGUUUUGUUUUAAACAAAUAAGGGGGCAGAGUGAUAACGAUGUGUUUUUAUGUUUUUGUAAUGUGUACUUUGAAAGCUCAAGUUCGAUCUGUCUGCACUAAUCUUUUUACCUGAUCAGAUAGAUUCAACUUUACACAAGACGAUCAAACUUGAGAAAAAAUGUAUUAUUAUUUUUUUUCGGAGCAGAGGGACACACACAAAUCUACAAUUCCCUUCAAAGCAACUUAAAAAGUUGACUUUUAGAAGAUACUCUUCCUUGCCUUAACUAUUUAUAAACAUGUACCUGUAAUGUUUUUGGAUGCAAGGUGGUUAGAGUAGGCUAUUCAUGUUCCAAAUUAGUAGGGGGAAGGGUGCAGGAUUUACCAAAGACUCUCAAGAUUUUGUCCUCUUUUUGCGAUGACUUUCUCUCUUUUCAUUCGAUAUUGAAAUGAGUUGCUUUGCAAAUAUCCACACCAAAGAUCCACUAAUGGAUAUCUAGUUUACAAGUAACAGUGAGAUUUGGGGGAAAAAAACUCAUGAGCUUGGUUUGUGGCAUAAAAGAGUAAUAAUUCACUGCAAGCUAAUGGUCUGAUUUUCCUGAACAUUUUUGGGGGUAGAUGAUGAUCUUGUACAAGUGUUAAACUUUACCACUUUUUUUCUAGAAUGGAUUGGAUAAAUUGUUUGAAAUUAAAAUUAGGAAACUAGGUUUAUUUUGCUGGUCAUCAGGAAAUAUUUGUUAUUGGAAGAUAAGAAAAAGUUUCAGCUGAUGUUAUUGUUGGUUUGAUCCAAAGAAUAUUUUAUUUUAUUUGUAAUAAUUUAUUACUCGAUUGUCGUUCUUUUUUUUCGGUUGUUAAGAAAAAUGGUGUAUUCAAGAUUGUGGUAAUCUGGAAGAAAAAUUGUCUACCUUUUUUUUUUUUAUCACUAACACUUCUUGAGUCUUGCUUGUUAUGUCUUAUGUGGAAAUUUACUAAGGUAUGAGUGCUUCAGGUUACAGUUGUUCUAAAGUUUAUUAAAAAAAGAAAGAAAGAAAAGAGAAUUAUUUUAUUUUUUCCUACUGAUGUCUUUGUGUUAUUAAUUUCCCAAAUGGUGAUGUCCUGGUUCAGUGUCAAAGGUCAAUAUUGACCAAUGGGGGGAACAUCUGCGGUUAUUUCUAGUGGUAGCUUUCCAUCGAGGGGUGAAAACAAGUCGGAGGGUUUGAUUUUUUUUCCUAGGGGUAAAGUAAGUUGCAGUGUACAGUGUUUAGUCUAACCAAGUAUUUUGUACCUCUUGUGUGUAGAUUGGUGACUUGUAGUGACAGUAGAAUAGAGAUCUUUAGUGUUAUUUUUAUUGGCAGCCAGGUUCUUCCGACUGUAAAGAUGAUAUAUGUUUGUAACAAUUUAGAGAUUCCAUAAAAUCCUUGUCUUGUUGUGUGGGAGGAUUCUAUAAAAGUGUUUAUGCCGGAGAUCUGAAGUGGGGACCGGCAAAUAUUUCAGUUUUAAAUGAGAGAUUCCUUCACACCUGUUUUGUGUUUAAUAGUUUCGUUUGAGUUUUCAUCAUUGUCAUAUUUUAACUAGUUGAGGAUUAUUGAACUAUAAUUAUGCACAUUAGUUUAAUUAGAUUAAUAUGAAUAUAUACAUAUCAAUUAGCAGCUUUCUCUCAUGAAUAUGCAUCAAGAAUAUUGUUAAUUUAUAUUUUGUGAGUUUAUGUCGACCAGUGAUUUUUGUUUUUCUUUCCUGUGACUUGAGUAAGUGACCUAAUUGUAUUAUUAUGUAAAGUUUUAAACACAAUGUGUACCUUAUUUUGUUAGUAUUAGAUCCAUGCAUACUGUGCAUAUUCCUCAGAGGGCGCUGUUCAUAUUCAGUAGUUAAGUUAUGAAAGUCCAUUAUGCGUUGGUGUCUUGUAACUACGGAGUAACUAACUAACAAGAGCAAAUUUUGGGUGGACCCCUUAAGAGAAAGAAUUAUUUGAUGGUCAACAUGCUUUACAAAAGGUGUACUAUUGCUCAAGUGUAUGUAAUAUCUGGGCCCGAUUUCAUGGACCUGCUCCACCAGAAAAUGUUGCUUAACAACUUCCUACUUAAAAUAAAUGAGUUGGCUACCGGUCACAGACGGUACAUGCAACUUGGUAUGUUGGCUGGUAACCUCAUUCUAAUAGUAGUGUUUGCAUAAUUGUUUGCUGUGCUACUUUUUGUGCUAAAGCAGCUCUAUGAAGUAUUGCCCUUUUCUCCAUCAGAAUCAAGGACUAUGCAUAAUUAAGUAGUGUUAACAAAACGGUUUGCUGUGCUACUGCUUACGCUGAGGCAGCUCUAUGAAAUUUGGCCUUUUUCCCCCAUACGAAUCAAGGGCCAUGUUUGAAAAACAUUUAAACUGGAAGGUCAUUAAUGCAAUUCAGGCACAGUUCUAGUUUUCUAAUUGGUCACUAUGUACACUUAACAGACGCAUGGAUUUGGAGGCCUUCAGCACAGCAGUCUUGAACUUAAGUCUUAAGCAGACUUAUAGUUUGGAAAUGAACUGCAAAACUUUGAAUCUAGCAUUGAUGCGCAGCAGCAAAAUUGAUGUUGUAAAUACUCACUCAAAACUGAUCUGUAAUCAUCACAUUGUGACACUUUGUCUGUAGUGUGAGGACUCGCACAAAUAAAGGGAGCGUCCACGCUCAAAAGCUGAGCAUGUUGUAGAUGCAAAAGAACGCUCCUGUGGGCACAUGACCGCAAUCCAUUGGUUCACCAGAGCAAUUCUACACGAGUGAAAACGCACAUUAGUAUGGUUCCAGUAGCACUUUCCAGCGGUCCGAGGGCAAUCCAUGAGCAUACACUGGAAUAUUAAUUCCUACCAUUGAAAUUUUUUAGACACUCCAUGAGGACAACCUGUUGUAGCGAAGUUAUGGAUUUUGUCCACUACAUAAGAUAGAUACAUUUUAGAGAUUUAAGUGAGCGUACUUUUAGUUCAUAAUACUUAUAUGCAGACGGUUGUUAUUUCACGUAAGUGAGCACUUAAUGGAUGUAUAUAGUUCUUUAAAACAAAAUGAGGAUCUAUAUGAUUUGCUAUUUUCUCGCUUUUUCUCUCUUUCCUCACUUAUAGUUUAAAAAGAGAAUUUUUGUUGUCUUAAUUGGGAAGGAAGAUUGAUGGACUGAACCUGUAUCCGGAUAUUUUCUUAAUUGCAAAACUUUAAAAUGUAAACGCUGAAAUUCUUGGGUAGGGAAUAUUGACAAUAAGUUUGCUAGCGUGCUUAAUCACUGAUGUAACAAUGCAUCCAAGUCAA